UGCCCUCUGUUGGUCAUGUCCUGAAAGUUCCGUUUAACGUACCGUGGUCCGGAACGUUCCGUGUGGUGUUUUGUUUCCCUCCAGACACGUUUGAAUGUAUCACGGCGCAAAAAUAAAACAACUUUGGACUCUUGCAGCCAUGUACCGUUGUAUGUCAGGCUUAUUUCGAGUAAAUGGAAGGACAUGCUUCACAAACCAAUUAUGCACCCAAAGACUGUCAAGGACCACAGAAAAGAAUUGCUGUCUAUGUCAGUGCACUCAUAUCAGUUCACUGAAAUACCUGAGACACAGUCUGCAGCCCCCCUGCACACAUCAGGCAGUGUUACACCGGUGCAUAAGCUCGAGUGUACGCAGAAGAAGCUUGCCAAGUGCCUUUCCGGUAGUAGAUGGAGCAUGCCAGCUUAUUCACAGACAUGUAUUUGAAGCAAAUUUACAGAACAGCCAGGCAUGUCAGCAAAGGUAUCUAGAGCUUAAGGAGAAAGUGUUAAAGGGAGGUGGGGAAAAUGCCAUUGCCCGACAUACACAGAGAAACAAGAAGGUUCUAGUCAGAGACAGGCUUCAAAUGCUGUUGGAUGAUGAUGAUUAUCUAGAGCUGUCUCCCUUUGCUGGAAUGGGUUUACCCUAUGGGGACAUCCCAUCAGCUGGCUGUCUCACAGGUAUUGGUAAAAUAAAUGGGCUGUGGUGUGUGUUCAUCGCUAAUGAUGCCACGGUGAAAGGAGGCACAGCAUACCCUAUUACAGUAAAGAAACAGCUUCGGGCCCAGGAAGUGGCCGUACAGAAUCGGCUCCCCUGUGUCUACUUGGUUGACAGUGGGGGUGCUUUUUUACCUCUUCAGUCAGAUAUAUUUCCUGAUAAGAACCAUGGUGGCCGUGUUUUUUACAAUGAAGCUAUAAUGUCAGCAAUGAAGAUUCCACAGGUGGCAGUGGUGUGUGGGUCAUGCACAGCUGGUGGAGCCUAUGUCCCCACUAUGGCAGAGGAGGCGAUCAUUGUGCACAGGAUAGGGACCAUAUUUUUAGGUGGCCCUCCACUAGUGAAAGCUGCUACAGGUGAAGAAGUGACUCCUGAGGAUCUUGGAGGGGCCAGGGUGCACUCAGAGGUGAGUGGCUGUGUUGAUCAUUUUGCUGCUGUGGAGAGUGAGGCAUACGAGUGUACAAGGAACGUCAUCUCCACUCUGAACUUCAAGCUCCCAGAGGAGGACAGUGCUGAGAUUGAGGAGCCCCUGUAUAAUGCUGAGGAGCUUAUGGGCCUCGCACCAAAGAGCUACAAUUUCAGCAUGGAUGUCAAACUGAUUGUGAGUCGGCUGACUGAUGGCAGUCGGUUUCAGGAGUUUAAGUCUCGCUAUGGUACCACUCUUGUGACUGGAUUUGCCAAAAUUGAAGGACAUUUGGUUGGCAUGGUUGCCAAUAACGGCAAGCUAACAUAUGAAGCCUGUCUGAAAGGAAGCCAUUUUGUUCAGCUGUGUGAGCAAAGAGACAUCCCUCUCAUCUUCCUUCAGAACACGGCCCCAGAGCCUUUGCACACUCUCUCCCAAGACAAGGCAGAGUCCAACACUAUGGUACUCAAAGCUCAGGGAUCCAUGAUGUCUGCUGUGGCCUGUGCUUCUACUCCUAAGAUCACUGUGGUCAUCGGAGGCUGCCAUGGUGGUGACAGCUAUGCUAUGUGUGGAAGGGCUUUUGACCCCAACUUCCUGUUUCUGUGGCCCAAUGCUAGAGUGUCGAUUUUAGCCCCAGGCCACGCCGGUGGAUUGGUGCAGGAUGAAGAGGAGGCCAAACACAUUAAUGAGCAGCUGAAAGAAGAGAGCUCAGCAUUCUUCUCAUCGGGCAGACUAUGGGACGAUGGCGUGAUUCUUCCACAAGAUACAAGGAAGGUGUUGGGCAAAUGUUUAAAAAUCAUCAAGCAACAGGAGUACCAGCUAUCUCGAGGAAAACCAAAAUCUAUCCCUCUUCGAAUGUAACAUCUAUGGAAAAAAACAUCUUACUAAAAAUGUUUGGGCUACUUCCAAUCAUGAGGAAUACCCCUGUAAACCAGCAAGGCAGGAGCCCUGUUUUUGCAUGGAGAAAAAAAUAUAUAUAUUUGUACAUAUAAAUGUAUUUUAUGCUACUGUGAACAUCAAGUGCUCUCAGCAUAGGAAAGAGUUCUUUGCUGGCAUUACCAUGGUUCAUAUCUGUUAACAAUAUUUUUUAAAAGCUUAAUUCUUUUUAAUUUUAAAUUUUAAUUUUUAGUGUCUUCCAACUAAACUAUGGCGUCAUCUGUGCAAUUGAAUAUGAGAUGUUUAUUUGUGGUGUGGAUAUACUGUAUAUGCAGCUAUUUUUUCACUUGACAGUAUCUGUAGAUAUUCAUAACAAGCUGGUCAGUACCAAAUCACCUGCAGGCAAAUUUAAUCGCCUCCUCUGUUCAAGGGUGAGAGUGUGUGUGUAGAGGAUGCUGUUCUGGCUUGUUAUUGUGUCUGAAAAAGAAGCCCUUCUAGGGCCAGGGUCCUUAACUCCAGUCCUGAGGACCCACUAAUCUGCACAGGUUCCCUGUAUGGGGAAAUAUAAAUGGUUAGUAAGGAAAACUUGAAAUUGUGCAGGGCAUUGGGUCCCCAAGAUAAAUUAAGAAAUCCUGCUCUACAAUCCCAGAAAAAAAAGUGUUUUCUAAGAGUUUUUUAGAUGGUUAGCUUCCUAAAAGCAUCCAGUGUAGAACCUGCUCCUAAAGGGAAACACACUGUUUUAGGGUUCUACGUAGAAUCUUUAAUGGUUCCUGCAGAGACACCAACCGAGGAAAGCUGUAACCUUUUUUAAGGUGUAGGCACAGCCGUUUAUUUACUUAAUGUAUUGGACAUGUAUGCCUUUUACAAAACAAACUGAAUGAAAAUGACAAACGCUAAAAAUUAUUCAGAAUCAGGCUCUAUAAAACUAUCAUUCUUAGUAACUGUUGUACAUACGCUCCUAAUCAAAAGGGUUCCCUGUGUUUUUUUUGGUUUUUUUUGGAAAGUUAAGGAUCAUUGCCUUCCUAAAUGGGUUUACUUGAACCCCUCUCCGAUAGGGAAACCCAAACUCUCAGUAGUAUGGUUCUGCAGAGAGUCUUUUAAUGUUCAACCCUCACGAUAAAACGAAGAAACAUGGUGCUAGACUGAACUUUUCUUUCUAAGAGUGUGUGUUGCAGUUACUAAUUGCUGUAUUACUUUUUCUGUACAUGAAUAAUAUUAAAAUUUCUCCUGUGGAAGAAAUGCAGUAGAUGUCUGUUGAAUUUUACCUUUUAAUAAAGCUGAAAAAUGUUAGCUUACUUGAA